AUGGAUUACAACCGCAAGUUGUCAGCCGUUGUAGAGAAUUCCAACUUCACCGACGAAAGCCAUCCAAAGUAUGAAGUUUUGCUUACGCUGACAUAUAUGAUGCUGACCAACAUGGUACAUCCUGAACUCAUUGAUGAACCGCAACAAAAAGCGGAGUUCGACACUGAGUAUACUAUGAACUGGACAGAUGAGCGGCUUGAAUGGAACCCAAAGGAUUACUGCGGAAUGGACCACAUAUAUGUGUUAAGCUCGGAUGUGUGGUUCCCUGAUAUCACAUUC